UAGAAUAGUCUUAAGACAAAUUAACAGAAAGACAGUAAAAACAUGUUAAUUUAUUGGAUUAACAGAGGACUAUACAUGUUCUUGAUUUGCACGGGAAUGAUCUUGAUUGUGGCGAUGGAAGUGUGGCUACUGAGGGAGCAUCGCAGCGAGAUGUGCUAUUUCGGCAUGCACAGGUUUUAUAUCGCGUUUACCAUUGAGCUAACUAUCUCGUUCUGUGUCUACUUUUAUGCCUACAUGCAUGCAGCAGGUUGGAGAACGAUGAACGAAGGUGUCUACAAGGAAUUGAGACGUUAUGGCCCGUAUUUAUGUGUCGUAUUCUCUUUCGAUAUCUUAUGUUUCGGCUUAGUUACUUUGGGACUAAGUAUAUUCAGUUUCUCCUUAGUUGAUGGGAGUUCUAAAUGGGUGUAUAUCAAGCCGUGUCUUUACAACAAUAGCAAUGUGUGCAGUCAGUUGCAGCACAAAUUUGUAGAUGAUCACACCGCGGUAGCGUUCUUUGCUUCAAACUUGACUAAUAUAGAGUCUGGAUGUUGCAAACCCCCGAAGGAGUGUAACUUCAAAUUCUCAAGCCCGACAGUUUGGAUGAAGCCAAUAAAUGGCACCUACUCAAACCCUGACUGUUAUAAUUGGGAUAAUGACCCAACAAUCCUCUGUUAUAACUGUCAAGUUUGCAAGCUUGGUUUUGCCCAAGAUAUGAAGGAGACAUGGAGUAGAAGUGGUUUUAUUGGAGUUUUAGCGUCGCUAAUAAUACUCCUAGGUUUGAAAUUGAUUAAUGAGGAUGUACUCUUGUUAGAAUCAAUUCGAAGAAGAGACUCAAAUUAAUUGUAUACGAUAUUGGGGAAUAACUUAUAUAAUAAGUUUGCCAAACAUCAGGCUUGACAGGAUUCGAA